AUGCAACCCAGAAAAACGCACGAAUUGGUUAAACCGCUUUGUUGGUUAUUGGGAACAUGGAAAUCUGUUAACGUUAAAUUGAAACGUAAAUUAAAUUUACCGAUGAGCGACCACUGCAAACUUUUAAAAGCCAGCGCAUACGAUACCUACAGUGAAAUAUUAACCUUCAGUACAUUUGGUCAUCCAACAAUAAAAUACGAAGCAACUUCGUGGCAUCCGAAGAAUUUCUUUCCAUUAAAAUUUGAGGUCGGUCAUUUUAUGUGUCAUCCUGGUAAAAAGAACUUGACAGUCGUUGCGGCUCAUAAUUACGGAAUGGCUGCUGUUGAAGUUGGAAAAAUUACUCAGCAUUGUAUCGAACUUUGUACUUUAUCAAUGGCAAAUUCUGAAGUCGUCGAUAAACCGGUAGUUGGAUAUUGUAGAUCCUAUCGCAUAAACGACCAAGGACAAUUGGUAUAUAAGCUGAAAUUACGAACACAGGACGAACAUAGUCUGAAAGAAUAUACGAGAAUUAUUUACGAAAAAGAUUAA